CUGGCAUUGUGUGAUAGGCUUAACACUAUGACCCCGUGUCAUAAACGCACCACGCGUGUUCGGGUUAACCUCAAAGUUCUGCCUGCGCUCCAGUUUGGAAUGCGCGAGACGAGAUUAUGCCGAGAAUAGUCGAGUCCCUGAAGAAGCUGAACAUCAAGAACGACGCUGGAGCGCACGGACCCGACGAAAUGGCCGGCGAGAAAACCGAGUUGACGCUGUCACUAGAAAAAGUGGUGUCUCGCGAUCAGAACUACAUCCUUUUCGUGUGUGGGACACAAAGCGAGCCGGAAUUUAAGAUCGGAGCCGCAUUGUCGGAUCAUUCGUGUGCGAUAUAUUCCGUUGGCGAAUCCUUAAGCAAAACGGUUACACUGAACCAUACUCAAGCGACUAUCGUAGGAAUUAAGUUCAGUCCUACUUCUAAAGAUAUAUUUUACGUCGCAGCUGACAAUGGAUUAAUCACGGCCUGUGAUCUGCGUGCCAAAGGAAAAGUCGUGGCAGAAUUCAAAGACGACACGGAAAACGGCAAAUUGAAGCCUUUGGCCAGCUUCGACCUUAGCUGCGACGAAAUGCUCCUAGCCGGCGGGACGGAGCACACGAGUGGCGAUGCGUUUAUCCUGUUUUGGGACGUGAGGCAAACUGGUGCGAAAGUAGGAAAUAAGGACAAUAUCCUUGGCGGAUAUUGGGAAUCGCAUAUAGACGAUGUUACUUGUCUCACCUUUCAUCCCGCCAAACGAAAUGUUUUGGCGUCGGGCAGCACUGACGGUCUCAUUAAUAUCUUCGACCUGACGCAGUCCACGGAAGAUUCGGCCUUGACGUCCUCGUUAAACACCGAAUCAUCAGUGGACAGGCUAGGUUGGUUAACUGAAGAUUCUCUGUGGUGUACGACACACACGCACGAUUUGCAACUGUGGGAAUGCGAAGGUGCUUGUGCGUACGAAACAUUCGCACGUAGUGAUUUAGCCCUGUCGAGGAAUGAUGAUCCUGAUAAUUGUUAUUUAGUGAGAUGCCACGCCACAAAUGCGUUCGGACAACCAUUCCUGUUGGCAGGUUCUAGUACAGCUAAAAGCGAAAAUCUAAGAUGUUUGAAUAUUAGGAAGAAUUGUCUGGAAACGCUUUACGAAAUUGUAGGGAAUAAACAAGUAGUAAGGGACAGUUGGGUGCACGAAAAGAGCGGUAGCUUGGUGACGGUCGGCGAGAAGGGCAUUGUCAACGUGUGGCAACAAGCGGAAUCGCCGACGCAGCAAAGUUCGGGUCAUGAAUUGUCGACUAAGAUUGGAACCGGCCGUGACAGGCAUCACAGGACUAAACCCUACUAAAAUAACUACAGUUAGAAGAAAAAAAUACAAAAUUUGUUAUUCCAAAGUGUUGUGAAGGCUCCC